AUGGACGCCUUUUCGGAAAGAUGUAAAAACAAAACGGUAGAUAUCCUGGCUUUCCUUUGGUCCACCAGUUUAAAAACUGAAAAGUUUAUAGAAGUAGAGAAAAAGAUGAAUUCUUUGGAAUUAGACUUAACUGCUCAACACAUGGACAAUUUGAUAAGGAAUCUUUCGGGUUUUAACCUUGAAGUUGACAAGAUCGAAAGAGAUGGGAACUGUUUUUUCAGAGCAGUUGCCUCACAGCUCAAUAGACACCUGAGGGAAUAUAAGGAACAUAUCGAAGGGCAUUGCACUUCCCUUGGAUUAGGAAUUAGUGAAGCCUUCGACACACGUAGACUUAGGGAGCUGUUUGUGAAAGAAGUCUCUGAUAACAUUGAAGAGUACAGAGACUGGAUGACAACUGGCGUUAAUGGGUUAGAGGAAGUUUACAAAUUUAGCCAAGACGGAUUUUUCGCAAAUGAAGUUGGUGAUUUAUGCGCGAGAGCAACAGCUAAAGUCUUGAAAAUUCCAAUUGUGAUUAUUACCGCUCUCCUUCAACACCUACGGUGCCAUUCCUACCACACGAAUUCCUUACCACCACACCCAUCUACAUUGCAUAUGAUCAUUCUGGGCCAGGCCACUACGAUGCCACAAAAGGUACUCGAUAAUUGUUCAAUAACCUUAGGUUAAAUUAGCAGUUAUAAAUUCUGAUAAUGCUACAUACCUCCUCAUAUAUCGAGGUUUGAACUGAGAAUUUUUCGAGAUCCUCCCGAUGUCUUGGCACCCUUAUAAGGUUGAAGUCUUGUACUAGUACUAAGUUGUAAAUGCUUACGUUAAUAAAACUGAGCCGGAAAUCAUUUAAUGGAGAAAAUGAUGUUUUCUUCAUUUGUGCUGAAACGAAUUCUGUAAAUCGAGGUUAUUUCAGAUAUAAGCAAUAACUAUUUACCGACGUGUCGGUGGCUAAUAGUAGACAUUUAACGAGCCGCGAAGCAGCUUGGCAAAUAUUCACUAAUAGCCACGACACUGAGGCGAAUAGCUGUUUUUAGUACACACUAAAUCAGUGAGAUAAUAUGGCACAAAAAGAUGAUUUUAAUAAUCAAUUUAUUCCUGUACGUGCGGCAGCGUGAAACUCGCGAGUUUCUCGGAGGUAAAUAGCAAAGGAUAUUCAGAGUUUGAGUAGCCAGUCAGAGCACACCUUCAACGCUGUCCACUGCUUUAGUAUAUACUAAUGACCUUUAACUUGUCGAAACCUUGUCGAAAACCAUUGCAUUAAUUCUUGACAUGGUUUCAUCGUUUCAGAAGUUUCAAGUGAGAAUGGCUGUGACGAACAAGCGAAGGAAACAAGAUGCACUUGCGGUAAAAACAAGAAAAAUAAGUCAGUUUCAGACAUUUUCUGUGUUUCUGGUAAAUGCCCGUGCCACAAAGUGA